AUGAGCCGGGGCGCGGGCGCGCUUCAGCGCCGGACAACGACCUACCUCAUCUCGCUGACCCUGGUCAAGCUCGAGUCGGUGCCUCCGCCGCCGCCUUCUCCGUCUGCGGCCGCAGCCGGCGCCCCUGGGACCAGAGGUACCGAGACCGCGGAUCCCGGCAGCCCCCGAGGCGCUGACGAGCCGGGCAAGAAGCGGCACGAGCGGCUCUUCCACCGGCAGGAUGCGCUGUGGAUCAGCACGAGCAGCGCGGGCGCCGGGGGCGCCGAGCCCCUCGCCCUGUCCCCGGCUCCGGCCAGCCCGGCCCGCCCCGUCUCUCCCGCUCCCGGCCGCCGCCUCUCCCUCUGGGCCGCCCCUCCCGGACCCCCGCUCUCCGGGGGGCUGAGUCCAGACCCCAAGCCCGGGGGCGCCCCCACCUCCUCCCGGCGCCCCCUGCUCAGCAGCCCGAGCUGGGGGGGCCCGGAACCCGAAGGCCGGGCGGGCGUCGGCGUCCCCGGCUCGUCCUCCCCGCACCCCGGCACCGGCAGCCGGAGGCUCAAGGUGGCGCCUCCUCCGCCGGCUCCCAAGCCUUGCAAGACCGUGACCACGAGUGGCGCCAAAGCCGGCGGGGGCAAGGGCGCCGGUAGCCGCCUGUCAUGGCCCGAAAGCGAGGGCAAGCCCAGGGUCAAGGGGUCAAAGAGCAGCGCCGGGACUGGAGUUUCUGCCGCCGCCGGCGCCCCCGGGGGAGGGGGAGCGGCCGCCACGACCUCUGGUGGGGUCGGGGCUGGGCCCGGAGUCCGAGGGAAGCUGUCCCCUCGGAAAGGCAAGAGUAAGACCUUGGACAACAGUGACUUGCACCCGGGACCGCCCGCCGGCUCUCCUCCGCUAACCGUCCCAGCCACCCUGGCUCCCGCCUCUGCCGUCUCCGCCGCCUCCGCGCUGCCCACCGGGCCUGCAACUCCAGUCACUCUGGAGGCUCCGGCUCCCGGGCUGAAACGGGGCCGGGAGGGGGGCCGAGCAUCCACUCGGGACCGCAAGAUGCUCAAGUUUAUCAGCGGCAUCUUUACCAAGAGCACAGGAGGGCCUCCCGGCCCCGGGCCCCCUCCCGGCCCCCCGGGCCUAUCUUCCGGCUGCGGGUCUAGGGAGCUGCUGGGUGCGGAGCUCCGCGCCUCCCCCAAAGCUGUGGUCAACAGCCAGGAGUGGACUUUGAGCCGCUCCAUUCCUGAACUGCGCCUGGGUGUGCUGGGCGAUGCCCGGAGUGGGAAGUCAUCGCUUAUUCACCGAUUCCUGACCGGUUCAUACCAGGUGCUGGAGAAGACAGAGAGUGAGCAGCACAAGAAAGAAAUGUUGGUGGAUGGACAGACUCAUCUGGUAUUGAUCCGAGAGGAAGCUGGAGCGCCUGAUGCCAAGUUCUCAGGCUGGGCAGAUGCUGUGAUUUUCGUCUUCAGCCUGGAGGAUGAGAACAGUUUCCAGGCCGUGAGCCGUCUUCAUGGGCAGCUGAGCUCCCUUCGGGGUGAGGGACGAGGAGGCCUUGCCCUGGCAUUGGUGGGGACACAAGACAGGAUCAGCGCUUCCUCCCCCCGCGUGGUGGGCGACGCUCGAGCCAGGGCUCUGUGUGCUGAUAUGAAGCGCUGCAGCUACUAUGAGACUUGUGCAACCUAUGGGCUCAAUGUGGAUCGGGUCUUCCAGGAGGUGGCCCAGAAAGUGGUGACCUUGCGAAAGCAGCAGCAGCUUCUGGCUGCCUGCAAGUCCCUCCCCAGCUCCCCAAGCCACUCAGCAGCUUCCACUCCUGUAGCUGGGCAGGCUGGUAAUGGGGGCCACACUAGCGACUACUCUUCCUCUCUCCCGUCCUCACCCAAUGUCGGUCACCGGGAGCUCCGGGCUGAGGCAGCUGCAGUGGCCGGAUUGAGCACCCCAGGGUCCCUGCACCGGGCAGCCAAGCGUAGGACCAGCCUUUUUGCGAAUCGCCGGGGCAGUGACUCUGAGAGACGGAGCUUGGACAGUCGGGGAGAGACAACGGGAAGUGGGCGAGCCAUCCCCAUCAAACAGAGCUUCCUCCUAAAGCGAAGUGGCAACUCCUUGAACAAAGAAUGGAAGAAAAAAUAUGUGACCCUGUCCAGUAAUGGUUUCCUACUCUACCACCCCAGCAUUAAUGAUUACAUCCACAGUACCCACGGCAAGGAGAUGGACUUACUACGAACAACAGUCAAAGUCCCUGGCAAGCGGCCCCCACGGGCCAUCUCUGCUUUUGGCCCCUCAGCCAGCAUCAACGGGCUGGUCAAGGACAUGAGCACGGUCCAGAUGGGGGAAGGUCCUGAAGCCACCACUCCCGCCCCGAGCCCCAGCCCCAGCCCCAGCUCCCUGCAGCCACCUCCAGACCAGACAUCCAAGCACCUGCUGAAGCCAGACCGGAACCUGGCCCGAGCCCUCAGCACCGACUGUACCCCAUCUGGAGACCUGAGCCCCCUGAGUCGGGAACCCCCUCCUUCUCCCAUGGUGAAGAAGCAGAGGAGGAAAAAGUUGACGACACCAUCUAAAACUGAAGGCUCGGCUGGGCAGGCUGAAGCCAAGCGCAAAAUGUGGAAACUAAAAUCCUUUGGUAGUUUAAGAAAUAUUUAUAAAGCAGAGGAAAACUUCGAGUUCCUGAUCGUGUCCAGCACUGGUCAGACGUGGCACUUCGAGGCAGCCAGUUUUGAGGAGCGGGACGCCUGGGUUCAAGCCAUCGAAAGUCAGAUCCUCGCCAGUCUCCAAUGCUGUGAGAGCAGCAAGGUCAAGCUGCGCACAGACAGCCAAAGCGAAGCCGUGGCCAUCCAGGCGAUCCGGAAUGCCAAGGGGAACUCAAUCUGCGUGGACUGCGGGGCCCCCAACCCCACGUGGGCCAGCCUGAACCUGGGCGCACUCAUCUGCAUCGAGUGUUCUGGCAUUCACCGGAACCUGGGCACACACCUGUCCCGCGUUCGUUCGCUCGAUUUGGACGACUGGCCGCGGGAGCUGACCCUGGUGCUGACAGCCAUUGGCAACGACAUGGCCAACCGCGUGUGGGAGAGUGACACGCGGGGCCGCGUCAAACCCACGCGGGACUCUUCGCGGGAGGAGCGUGAGUCAUGGAUUCGCGCCAAGUACGAACAGCUGCUGUUCCUGGCGCCGCUGGGCACUUCCGAGGAACCGCUGGGCCGCCAGCUGUGGGCCGCGGUGCAGGCCCAGGACGUGGCCGCCGUUCUCCUGCUUCUGGCCCACGCGCGACACGGGCCACUCGACACCAGCGUAGAGGACCCGCAGCUUCGCUCCCCACUUCACCUGGCGGCCGAGCUCUCCCACGUCGUCAUCACGCAGCUGCUGCUGUGGUACGGCGCCGACGUGUCCGCCCGCGACGCGCAGGGCCGCACCGCGCUCUUCUACGCCCGCCAGGCCGGGAGCCAGCUGUGCGCCGACAUCCUUCUCCAGCACGGUUGCCCGUGCGAGGGCGGCAGCGCGGCCACCACCCCCAGCGCGGCCACCACCCCCAGCAUCACCGCCACGCCCAGCCCCCGCCGCAGGAGCAGCGCCGCCAGCGUGGGCCGAGCCGACGCCCCAGUCGCGCUGGUAUAG